UCACACUGCUGUUGUGUUUACAAUUUACAAUUUAUUAAUUUUCAAUAAAUAACAAUUAACCACAAGUCAAUUGACAUGCCCAACAUGGCCGACGACCCAGAGAGCUCUAUGGACCGACCCACAGAUGACAGCGAAUCCAGUAAACCGGAGAAUAUGUUCACCCUAAAGAAAUGGAACGCGGUGGCUAUGUGGAGCUGGGACGUGGAGUGCGAUAUAUGUGCAAUUUGCCGUGUUCAAGUAAUGGAUUCGUGUCUGCGCUGCCAGGCGGACAACAAGCGAGAUGUUAUGGGACGCCAGGAUUGUGUGGUGGUUUGGGGCGAAUGCAACCACUCGUUCCACCAUUGCUGCAUGUCGCUGUGGGUCAAGCAGAACAACCGGUGUCCGCUCUGCCAGCAGGAGUGGUCCAUUCAGCGCAUGGGGAAGUAAAUCACAUUGAUAUUCCACUCGAUCCAUUAGCACUUAAUUAAGUUUAUGUAAAAGUCUGCUACUGUCUAAAAAAUAUAUACAAAUAAAGCGAAUAUGUAAAAAGUA